UUCUUUGCUGUGUGUCAUCAGCUCUUUAACAUGAUCCACCAGUGAGGAGAUCAUGUGCACAUCUGAUUUCUGUCAUCUGUUUUUUCCCAGCAGUUUGAGGACAAUGUGGCUGGUCCUUCUUUCAUAUCAAUUUGCCGCACUCCUUCUCACCCGAGCUCAAAAUGCCUGCAUCGGACACUCCACAUUCAGGAGUCCAGUUAACUCAGACAUCGAGGUCCUCUGUGGCUCUCAGUCAGUGGAGCUUCAGAUCCUGUUGUGUCCUGUCUAUUUCAAUGGAUACAAUGAGUCCCUGCUGGCCCUCAACUCAGAGCACUCCAAACAACAGUGUAAAGGGACUCCAGACUGGACAGUAGACCCACCUGUUGUUAAAUUCAACUUCUCCAUCACAGAGGAGGCCAUUACUGACUGCUCUAGCAAGCUGACGAUCGACCAGGAGGUUGGAACUGGGGUGUUUGCAGACUUCUCUCAUGUCCAGUACAUCAACAUCUCAGGCAUGAUCUGCUCAAGGGACCCCACCACAGGAGCCAUUACCUAUCACCAAGAGGUGAUGUACAGGUUCUCCUGCCGCUACCCCCUGCAGUACCUGGUCAACAAUACUCAGAUGAGUGUGUCUGGUGUCAGUCUGGCAGUCAAAGACAAUAAUGGGAGUUUCAUCAGCACACUGAGCAUGCAACUCUAUUCGGACAAUAGCUACUCCUCCACGCUACAGAUCCCUCCAGGAGGCCUGGAGCUUAAGACCAGGAUCUUUGUAGAAGUGAGGGCAUCCAACCUCACCAACAGAUUCAAUGUGCUUCUGGACCGAUGCUAUGCCACAACCUCGCCUUUCCCCGUCAACACUACAUAUCACGACCUGUUUGUUGGGUGUGACCGGGAUGGCCAGACAGUAAUGGGAGUCAACGGAGAACAGCAGGAAGCCCGCUUCUCCUUCGAGGCUUUCCGCUUUGUCCAAGAUGCAGAUGCUACUUUCUCCACCUACUACGUACACUGUGCCACCAGACUCUGUGUGAACUCUUUCUGCCCCACCGUCACUCAGAACUGCACCACUGGCACCAACUUGAGGAGGCGCCGAAGCACCAGUGACAACCAGGGUACUACAGUGAGUGACAUGGCCACCAUCAGUUCAGGCCCCAUCUUUAUCCGCCUAGAUAAUGGUGAGAACCUGUAUGGCUAUCCGCUGGCAUCUGGAGUGUUUCUUUUCUUCCCAGGCACUCAGCAGAUUCAUAUGAAUAGUACCGUGCUGGCUGUGUCAGUCAUAGCAGGCAUUGUUGGAACCAUCUGCCUUACUUUGGUGGCUUUCAUUGUUUACCAGAAGUACAACUCCAAUAUCAUUUUAAACAAGACAGUUCUGUACCCACAAGAGUGACAGUGGGUCGAGACAGUUUGAAAAGGACUGUGCUCUGUGUCAUUCAUUCUUACAACAUGGUUUACAAUACCAUAGGGGCAUUAUGGUAAAUAUGUGAGAGAAAAAGUCAGUAGUCAUUCACCAACCUCCGACUUUUUUAUUAACUGUUGGAAUUAUUAUAUACAUCGAUCAGCCAUAACAUUUUGAGCACUGGUGGAUGAAGUGAAUAACAUCAAUUAUCUCAUUAUAACAGAUGAGGAACCUUUGACCCUGACAUUCAUUUGGACGUCACGUUGUCACGUACCACCCGCCUAAAUAUUGUCACAAACCAAGCACACAUCCCUCCAAUGGCAACAACACUCUGCCAGCAGGAUAAUGUUCCCAACACACCACAAAAACUGCUCAGAAAUGUCUUGAGGAACACAACAAAGAGCCAAAGCUGUUGACCUGGGCUCCACACUUCCCACAUCCCAAUCUGAUUCAGUGCCUGUGGGACCUGCCUAAUAUUGCAUAGGUCCCCCUCAUACUGGCAAAACAGCUCUAACAUGUUGGGGCUUGGACAUGGGAUCUCUGAAGAUCUCCUGUAGUGUCUGGCACUGGGACAUUGGCAGCAGAUCCUUUGGGUCCUGUAGGUUGCGGGCUGGGGCCUCCAUGGUUCUGACUUGUUCUGGAUCAUCCCACAGAUGCUGGGUCAGAUUGGGAUCUGGGGAGUCUGGAGGCCAGGUCAACACCUUGGGCUCUUUGUCGUGUUCCUCAAGACAUUUCUGAGCAGUUUUUGUGGUGUGGUGGGAGCAUUAUCCUGCUGGGGGAGGCCUCUGACAUUGGGGAGUGUUGUUGC